AUCGCCGUCCGCAGUCGGAAAUAGGCUGCCGCCAUGAGCCCCCGCCAGGACGUCGUCGACCAAGCGCCGCUGCUCAGGAGCGAGGCUGUGCAUGCUGACGACGACGGAGCGCCGUCACCUGCGUCGGCGCUCAUGGUCCUUGCCUCGCACGUCAUGCGCCCGUCCGACGUCUCGAUGGUGCAGCUCUACAUCGUCGACCACCUGCGCGCCAGUGGCAAGACCAAGUACGUCAUACACGCGCUGCACCUGGGCACGCAGACGCAAUGGUCUGUGGCGCAGAGCUACUCGGCCUUUGCGACGCUGCGCGAGCGCCUCUUUAGCUGCGUGCGCUUUACGCGCUAUCGGUGCCCGGGCUGCGUGAGCUUUGGCCGGAUCAUCGAGCGCUUUCCGUUUCCGGGCAAGAAGGUCUUCAAGCACUCGGACAAGGUCGUCUACGAGCGCUCGCUCCAGCUCGCUCGCUUCCUCGCCUGCAUUAUGACGCACACCUUCACAUCCACCCCCAAAUGCCAGAUUUGCGGCGGAAAGGCAUUCGAGAUCACAAAAGCCUUCUUGCUCGAUGGAGCAACCCCGCUAACAGCCGGCGCGACGCUCGACUCGAUCGCUAACUCGCUCGAGCCGCGCCGCUUCUUUCACGAGUAUUGUCGGUCCGCGAGCAAGAUCGAGUGCUACCGAGGUCGUACGAUCGUCAAGGUCGUUCAGGUCCAACGCGUACCGCUCUCGAACCUAAGCGUGCCCAUGUACACCCCACCCAUCACGGCGACCGACGGGAUGACCCUCUCGCCGUCGUCCGCAUCCAUGGUGCGCCAUCGCCAAGUGGCUGCCGUGUAGUCUGGCAUCGCACUCGUGUAACUACG